GCUUUGAAAAGAAUUAUGGAGUUGAUCACAAAAACCGCCCAUCUACUUCAAAGGCAAAUUCGGGAAGAUCCAAGCCCCGUUUGGAAUCACAAAUACCGAUUUACAAGUGUAUUUGUGUAUUUCAUAAACUGGAGCCAGCGAAGAUUGGCGGCUCUCCCGGGCGUUCGUAGUUGUACACCUGUCGAGCGUUCCGUUGAAGGUCUGGAAACUCUUGGGGUUCCAUUGACUCAUCGGCACCCACCUCCUCCAUCAGCUCCCCGAACGAUGUCUGCUGUUCACCAUCGAGGUCAAUGGGAAGGCGUGUUGAAUGAGAAUCGGGCGGGAUCCGCCUCCAAUGCCGAGGAUUUCACCCGUCAGUUCAUGCAGAAUAUGCGCGGUUGUGGAGGGAAACCAGGAUUCGGAUCAAGUGGAACCAAGCCCUUCAGUUACACUGCUGGAGGCAUUAAACACUCUCCGGGAUCGAAACAACCGGAGAUGAGCUCUAAAAGUCAAAUGGAUGGACGAAUCGGUAAUGUGGAACAUCAGCUCCGAUCCCCUCUUCAUUAUGGACCCGGGUCCCAUUCGUAUUCUGCCACGGACCAAAACGACCACAACGUCGUUUUGGAACCCGUGGGCAAGAAGACCUUGACGUUCACCACCUCCUCAUACAAGGCCCCUCCUCCUGUCCGUCAAGCUCCUAGUCCUAGCAGGCCGUCGCCCGUGUUUGGAUCCGCCCCAGUGUCCCGCCCCGUUUACCACAAGCCGCAAAGAAAGAUCGUUUACAACGGGGCUCCAAUGGUGGCCACUUAUAACUCGGCCAAAGAUCUGUAUUCGGCCGACAAUCUGGAUAAGGCAUGGGGACAAGUGGAGGAGUAUGUUCAAGCCAAAAGGGGCAAGCCCAAACCAUCCGGGGGUUUACCCAAUUCGGAAACCCUGAAGAUGGUCCGAUUCAUGGAUGACAACGGGGAUACUCCGGAUUGGGCCAGGCGAAGGAACUCCACAGGAGCCAUGGAAAGUCCGGAGACCGGACUCUCUUACAAUUCGCCAACCCAGAGUGCCAGCUUUAAGUUGCUUCAACGCGCUUUAGACACGGACGAUACAGAUGGCAGCCCUGCUCCAAUUCAACCGCCAGUGAGAAGCUCUAGCAAGCCGGUCAAGCCCAUCAUGAAGAAACCUCAAACCAGUCCAGUUCCUCAGAGAACUAAUAGUUUCAGUGGAUUGCCAAAGCCCCAACCAAAGGUUGUUCCGCAGAUUAGCUUCUCUGAAAAUGAGUGGAAGAACAAGCUGAAUCAGAACCCCGUGGCCGCUGCAAAUAAUGCUCAGGACUUCACAAAGCAAUUCAUGUCGGAUAUGUACGGAGGGAAUAAACCAAAUGUUCCAGCCAAUGAAAAUCCGACCGUCUAUGCAACCAACUAUCCUUUCGCCAAUGAGACUCCUUUACAAAGUGGUCGGAACAUCCCAAUUACUUUGACAAAUCAACCUAGCCAACCAACCAGUGUCUCCCAACCUAGGCAAGGAGUAGACCAACCAACCAAAGUCUUCCAACCUAGGCAAGGAGUAGACCAACCAAAGAUGGCAACCUACAAUAGUCCGGCCAAAUUGUACUCCCAACCUAACUUGAUUGAACAACAACAGAUUAUGAGGCCAGCUCCUGGAGGUCCAAGACAGCCUCAAGUCAAGAGAAUGGCAGGGAACUACGCCGUCAAUCCCAAGAGCACCCAUCACAAGGGAUCCUUCAUUUGGCCGCCACCUGACAGCCAAGAGCAUAACUGGCGUGCUACAGCAACCCCUCUCUAUAUUGAUCCUUCCCAUCCAGUCAUUGAAACUCGUUGAGGAGUGGUUCAUCCCAAUCUGACUCCAACCCACCCAAUAUUAUAUGAAGAAAAAGCAAGGAAUAAUAAAUGAUAUUGAAACGUU